AUGGCUGCACCACAUCCUUUGUCUGCCCUCACGGCGCGUGAGACCAACCUUGCUCGCGACAUCGUCAAGGCGUCUCACCCCGGUGCGCUGCUGUUCUUUAGACAAUCGUACCUGUUUGAGCCCCCCAAGGAAGAAGUCCUCAGAUUUCUUGAGCUUGAGCACUCUGGUUCUCUGACUGCUUCGUCGCCGAGACCUGAUCGCUGCGCGCAGGUUUUCUACGAUGUCAUUGGCGGAGACCAGAAGUCGCUUUACUAUGAGUCUGUGGUUGAUGUUACGAAGCGGAGUAUUGUUGCGCAGGAGCUCAUCAGCGAGGAGCACCAGGCCAGUUUGACCAUGGCUGAGUUUGACAUCGUGGUCGAGGCUUGCAAGAGAUCAAAGAUGUUCCAGGAUAAACUCAAGGAGAUCAAGCUCCCAGAGGGUUUCGAGACAGUCAUUGAGCCCUGGCCAUAUGGUGCACCAGAUUUAGAAGAUGGCAACACGCGCUACUUCCAAGCUCUCGUCUUUGCGCGCGAUGCUCGCAAGGGUCAAGAUUCCAACUUUUACGCUUAUCCCAUGCCCUUGAUCCCUGUCAUGGAUGCUGCUACCAAUGAGAUCAUCCGCAUUGACGAGCCUGCCACAGGCGGCAAGGGCGAUAGUCUCACUGGCAAGACGUAUGCCACUGGGGCUAUUGAUCACUGCCAGAGCGCAGAGUAUGUCCCUGAGCUUUUGGAGAGUGGGACGAGGAAGGAUUUGAAGCCCUUGAUGGUUGUGCAGCCUCAAGGACCGAGUUUCUCGAUUACAGAGGGGAAUCUCAUCCAGUGGCAAAAGUGGAGGAUGAGGGUUACGUUUAAUCCUCGCGAGGGAGCAGUCAUCCACGAUAUUCGCUAUGAUGGACGUCCUGUUCUAUACAGAUUGAGCAUCAGCGAUAUGACUGUUCCUUAUGCGGAUCCUCGUCCACCAUACCACCGCAAGCAAGCCUUUGACUUUGGCGACGGCGGUCUUGGGCAUUGCGUCAACAACCUCACUCUCGGCUGCGACUGUCUCGGCGUGAUCAAGUACUUCGACGGUGUCCUCACAGACGCAGAUGGCUCUGCGCAGGAAACCAAGAACGUCAUCUGCCUGCACGAGCAAGACAACGGCAUCGGCUGGAAACACACCGACUGGCGAACUGGCCGCGCCGUAGUAACACGCCGCCGCGAGUUGGUCAUCCAGUUCAUCAUCACCCUCGCCAACUAUGAGUACGUCUUCAACUACAAGUUCGACCAAGCAGCCGGCAUCGUCGUGGAAGCCCGCGCAACAGGCAUCGUGUCCGUUGUAAACAUGGAUCCCGGCAAGACAGCACCCUGGGGAAACAUCGUCAGCCCCGGCGCCCUCGCUCAAAACCAUCAGCAUGUUUUCUGCGUGCGUAUCGAUCCCUCUAUCGACGGUAAUGAAAACACCGUUGUGCAAGAGGAGAGUCUUCCGUUGAGAAUGGACAAGAGGACGAAUCCUAACGGAAACAUGUAUGAAGUGCGCCAGACACAAAUCACCACCUCCCAGGGCAUCGACGCCGCGCCUUUCAGCAACAGGGUCUUCAAAGUGCAAAACCUGAACAAAUUAAACCGCGUAUCGGGAAAGCCAGUCGGCUACAAGAUCACACCCCCCGCAACACAACUCCUCCUCGCGGACCCCAACAGCACACAAGCCAAGCGCGCGUUAUUCGCGAAGAAGCACUUCUGGGUGACCAAGUACAAGGACCACGAGUUUUUUGCUGGCGGACGGUACACGAUGCUUAGCAAGAGUGAAGUCGGCGGUGUGAGCGACGCAGCUGAUCGGUGCGAUGAUGUGCUGAAUCAGGAUGUUGUGUGCUGGAGUGUGUUUGGCCUUACGCAUAAUCCGCGGGUGGAGGAUUGGCCGGUCAUGCCGGUUGAGAUGCUGCAGUUGCAUAUUUCGCCUUCGGAUUUCUUUACGGGUAAUCCAGCGCUUGAUGUCCCGUCUGAUAAGGAUGUUGCGUCGAGGUUGACGAGUGGGUGCUGUAAGGAGGAGGGACCUAAGCUUUGA